AUGCCAAAGAACAACUCCAGGAGGAUGGUUGAUUGUAGCGACCGUUGUGCUGCGACAUGUCCCGACCCUUGCAAACGCCGCUCACUGGCCCCUGAGCAGGAAUCUGGAGCACGGCUUAUCUUUAGCAACAAGGGCGACUUCUUCCCAGACACGCUGCUGCGCGUGCUUGGGGAGCUGGCCUUAGCUGAAAUUGACAAAAUUGUGACGAGCCUACUGCUCCUGGAGAUGAAAGUGUUCGCCGACACAUCAGAGGCUGUCAACGUGGCCCUAGAUCUGAUAGUCGGAAGGAUGAGGGAGCUGGCCGAGGACGAACGAUCUCGAACACCACCAGCCGGCUGUGAGAUGCUAGGCAAGGAGGAAGGUGAGUAUGUCUUCCGAGUCAUUCUGCCACGCGACCUGACUGGUCUCCUCAUUGGCAGCCAGGGGGCCAACAUCAAGCAGCUUCGCCGGGAGAGUGGUGCCAAGGACUCGGGUGUGGAGGUGGCAAUCACGACAAUCACGGGCCAGUCGUGUGUGGUGCGUUUGCAGGCGACAGCUACAGUCCAGGAGGCUAAGCAUUCCAUCGAAAGUGCACUGCCGGGAUUUCCCGUCAUUGAGCAACAGUUGCUACAAGGAACGGCCAUCCUUCCAGAUGAUUCGCGACCAUUCGUGGAGAUAGCACAGCAGGGCCUGGAACUGCUUGUGCUCCGACAGCCGCGCAUGAACCUCAAAAAGUUCAUCUCUGAACAUGGGUACACUGAGAGCGAUGUCCCCGCAUACCUUGAUUAUCUGCUUCGUGAAGCUAGCCGAAGAGAGGAGCCCAACGUGUGCCUUGAGAUCAUCUGUCAUCCCAAGUUCAGUCGCUUCGAGCGCGAGGAGCAUCGUAACAAUGAAAAGGAGCGAGCAAGCAUGCUGCUGAGUCUUCUCCACCAACCCUUGUUUCCAGCAUUCGAAAGUUUGGUACAGCAUGAAGGCUUCGGACAGAUACCAGGGAUGCUGGACGAGGCUGCUGUUGCGCUGCAUUCUGCCGCUUCUGCUGGCCUUGCCCAACACUGCCGAUGUCUUCUCGAGAGUCCGCACUUCCAAGCCGCUGCAAGCAAGAAGCCUGGGACCUCCUCCACAGCCCUUCAUCACGCGGCAAACGCUGAAGUUCUUCGCGUUCUUCUAGAUUCACCUACCCUGGCAACGGCUCUGAAUGAGCAGGACCGUUUCGGGUGUACUGUUCUUCACUAUGUGACAACCGAGGAGAUGUGUCGCAUGAUAUUAAGUCAGACUGUGCUUGCUUCUGAGUUUGUCAACAAAGUGGACUUCUCUGGCCAAACAGCCCUGCACUGUGCGAAAAACGCGGGAAUCAGUGCAGCACUCCUGGAACACGGCGCGCUCUGCUCCUUGAGUGUGGCAGACAAUUUGGGAAGAACACCCCUUCACACGCUCGCACGAAACGCCCCAGCUCUGGCCACGCUGCUGCGCUUCAGUGCUGCUGGAAGUGCUGGAAGUGGAGAUGGUGCCGAAGAUGGCGCUGAAGGUGCCGACUUCGACGUCAAUGCCUUGGACAAGAGGGGCCGUACUGCCCUGCACUAUGCCACGUCAGAGGAGGCCUGCGCACUGUUAUUCCAAGCUGGCUUCGGGGCAAUAAAUGCAUUGGAUGAUGUUGGUAUGUCUGCGCUUCACACUGCCAAGAACCUUGGAGUUGUCCGGGCAGUCGUGGAACACCCAAAGUUCUUGAAACUGAACGCGAUUUGCGAUUUCGGUAUAAGUCAGCAUUCCGACUCUGCACUGUCUCGUGCCGCUAGCCUUGGUGAUAGCCCCCUGGUGCUGGAGCUCCUCCGACACCCAGGCCACGACCUGCAAUCCCUGCAAAAAGCAGCAGACUUUGCGCAGGGGUGCACGGAAACUGCAUGCCAGGCAGCCAGAUGGAUGUAUCUGGUGAGCCCGCUGAGCGCUUCGUUUGGUGAGCCGACCCGACAGCACCGCCUGGCAACCCUCAGCGGGGUCCCUGAGAGCAUACUGGAGGCGUUGCGUCGCAUCACUGACACCAUGCAGCAGGAGGCUGGCUCCGACGAGUUCCAGCAGUACCUCCGGGUCAUCAACUUCAGUGAAGCCACAGCUCACGAAGGAUCGGGAGGCGGAUGGAGCUACGAUGGCCCAGGCAAGGGCGGCUUUCGGCAGCCUCCUUUCCGAUCGGAAGGGAAGGCACCAGUUGGCCUCGAUCUUCUAGGGGAGGACUUGGCCAUGUUGCCACGCGGUGCUGCAGAGAUGUCCUACUCCGUGUCCUGUGCGCUUCCAGGUCAGCUGGUUCCGGCUUUGAUUGGCAAGGCUGGUGAACUUGUGAGGAGCAUCGAAGACAGGACGGGUGCCAAGAUCGAUAUCUCCCGCGAUCCCCUCCCUGGAAGAGAUAACCUCAGGAAGAUGGAGUGCAUCGGACCCCUGCUCAGCAUCUACGCGGCGCAUACACUGAUGAUGCAGCGGCUUCAGGAGGUGGAGCAGACGCCACCACCGGCUAGGAGACCUGACAGAUCAGAGCCUCACCGAAGUUGGAGUGGGCAUCGCCGCAGUGACGACAACGGCAGCAGUCGAACCGAGCGUCAGAAGGAGCUUGAGGCCAUGGUUGCAGAUUUGGAGAGGAAGCUGUCUGAGGCCCAAGGAAUGCCGUGA